AUGAAGUGGUCUUUCCUCCUCAAAACCCUGCCUCUGACAGCAGCAUCAGCGGUUGCUGCUCCCGGAUGCAGUGCUCGAUAUAACUUAACCGCUGUCAAUACGACUACGUGUGGAGGCAUAACUUACACCUACAUCGGUCUCGACGGAUAUGGAUUCGUCGAAUCCAACGUUCGGGACAAGUACGGUGACACCUUAGCUGGCCUCGGGAGCUCUGCGGUGCUUGAAAAGGGCUCGUGGCACAAGAAAAGUAGCUCAUCAUACUCAGGCAUCUUCUAUCUUCUUCCUGACCGUGGCUGGAACACGAACGGAACGCUGAACUUCAACCCGCGCAUUCACAAGUUCGAGCUAUCUCUUACACUUGUGCCUCGCGCCUCAGCGCAAACCCCCUCCAAGCCUAACCUGGCCUUCAAGUACCUAGACACAAUCCUCCUCACCGACCCAAGGGGUAAGCCGCUUACCGGUCUUGACCCCGAUUUCACAGGCAAUAUAUCAUACCCAGGCUAUCCACCUCUUCCCGCAGCAACCUACGUCGGUGAUGGAUUUGGCGGCGCUGGCUCCGGCGGGAAACGCGUCGCCCUUGACUCCGAGGGCCUGGCGAUCGACCAAGAAGGCUACUUCUGGGUUUCAGACGAGUAUGGGCCUUAUAUCUACCGCUUCAACAAGAAUGGGAAAAUGGUUCUAGCCCUGCAGCCCCCUGAGGCCUAUCUUCCGCGCCGUAACGGCCUUCUCUCCUUCAGCGCAGCUUCUGCACCUCUUUACACACCCGAUAAGCUGCCUAAUCCUGAAGACCCGGAAUCAGGCCGCAACAACAACCAGGGUUUCGAAGCUCUCACGAUUUCGCCCGAUGGCAGGACGCUCACCGUGAUGAUCCAAUCUGCUCUCAACCAGGAAGGUGGGCCAAAAAAGAAGUACCGCCAACCAGCCCGUCUGCUUCAGUACGACAUUUCAAACCCCAACAACCCACAGUAUAAGCACGACAAUUUCCUAAUACUAUCACGCGACUCGGGCUUUGGGGCAGGCCUAUCAGAAACACUCUCUGUAUACCGGCAAGCGGAUAUCUUCUCUAUUUCAAACUCAACCACCGACCUCAAGGUCAAGGAAUACAACUUCCCGAGGGGCUCGAUCGCUAGCUCGGAGGGAAUUCUGGACACCAACAUUACCCCGGCCGAGUACUGCCCUUUUCUAGACUUUAACAUUAAUUCAGAGCUGGCUAAGUUCGGUUUGCAUAAUGGCGGCGAACAGGAUUCAGGGCUUCUCAACGAGAAAUGGGAGUCUUUGGUUCUCGUUCCUGUUGAGCCGGAGAAUGGUCAAAACAAGGGCAAGGACAAUAAGACGGAGUAUUUCCUCUUCUCGUUCAGUGAUAAUGAUUUCAUUACUCAGGAUGGAGCCAUGAACUUUGGCCGCUUGCCCUACGCUGAUGAAUCUGGGUUCAAUCUUAACAGCCAGGCACUGGUGUUUAGGGAUAAUUGA